AUGGCAACAAAUGGAACAAAAGUAGCUGACGGACAAAUCUCCACAGAACUCAGCGAUGCCUCAAUCACCAAUGACAAGCCUAAGACACUGGUGGUCAAGGUGCAGAAGAAAAAAGGAGAUAUUCCAGACAGAGACACCUGGAAGGGGAAAUUUGACUUUCUUAUGUCCUGUGUUGGCUAUGCGAUUGGCUUAGGAAAUGUUUGGCGGUUUCCAUACCUUUGUGGAAAAAAUGGAGGAGGUACUUAUUUCAGUUUAUGUAAUUAAGUGCUAAAUAUUUUUGAUCAGAAUCCACUACUUCCUGUUAAUCUUACAAGACCAGCAGCAGAGAAGGGAGAGCAGGCUGAAGUUCUUAACACAGGUCUUUCAAACUGCAUGUUAAUGCUUUUUGGAAAGGCACGCUAAACAGAUUUUACUACUUGCACACUGGAUUCCUUGGCUAUGAUAGGCAAUCACUUCAGUGGAGGAUGACAAUUGAUGUAUUUUGAGUUCCCAUCUGGUUGGUUUGGAAGGCAGCAGAACACUUUCCCUAUUAUCCAUUUGGAGGAGAGCAAAGAGGCUCACAGGGACUGCUCUGCUUAUUCUUUGCCUCGUCCCAUUCAGAGUGCCACCAUGAUAUACUAUUAUAUUUGGCGGCAGCCACAGCAGCUAGGUUUUAGAAAAAGGAUUUGCCUUGUGUACUAUGAGAACAUCUGGUUUUGCCUUUAACAGGAAAGCAGUCUCUUUCAGACUAAGUAUGGCACCAAAAAGCCAAGUUCUGCAGCCAGGUCAAGGUUAUGUCAGGAUGCUCAGUAGCAAGAGUAGCUCAUUCUUGCUGUGACACAAAGCAAGACCCUCCUGGUGGUAUUAACUGCUGGUGAAGACUGUCUGCUCCUAUCAAAAACAAUGAGGCAGAAACUCAUCUGCAAGCAUUCUUUGUAACAUGUGACUCAGCUCACACUGCAAAACAGCAAAGCAUAUCCCUAACCAUACAUACGAUUAGGGCAAUAGUAUCAGAGGAGACCUAGAGCAACUAGGUUACAAAUAGUGUUCAUUUGCUUUCUGCUGCAUUUAAAGGAAAAAUGAAUGUUGAAUUCUUGCUUAAUGAUACAUAUGUUGGCUUUCAGUAUAAUUGCUCAUUUUUUGUAUCCUUUCAGGAGCUUUCCUGAUUCCAUAUUUCCUUACUUUAAUUUUUGCUGGAGUUCCCCUGUUUCUUUUGGAAUGUUCACUUGGGCAAUACACAUCCAUAGGAGGUCUUGGAGUUUGGAAGCUUGCUCCAAUGUUCAAAGGUACAGUGUUGAGUUAAAUACAUUGCUAUCAAUACCAUAGUAGGUGUUAAGAUUCAGGUCAUUCUUUGAUCAAUUUAAUACUGGCCCACUUUUUCUAGACUAAGAAUGCAAAGUUAUUUAAGUAUAUUAAAAGAUGCACCAAACCAAUAAAUAUUUAUUGCAAAAGAAAUAAUAAAAUGAUGUUUACAUAACUCUGAAAUUGCACUUUUACAACAAGCCAGUGUAAACUCUGUCUAUAUGAGAAAGAUAGACAGAAUAACCAGGUAAUUCUGGAAUUUAAUCCCAGGCAUCUCCACCCUUUAUCCUAUUUUUCUUUCCAUACACAUCUCUUGACUAUGGCCAGUGUUGCAAUGUAUUAUCCUCAGUCUCAAUUUCUCAGUAUAUUGUUUUCCAGCUGUAGGCUGGCUAAACAUUCAGAACCCUUAUUUCAUUUGGCAACAGAACACUGCUUUCUAAAGAUGCACUCUCUUUCCUUUGCCCAACAACCCUAAUUUGCUUGCUUGUAGUGCACAUAGUGACAUUUCUUGUGAGAUCUCUUCCCCCUUCACGUGGUUGCUCCCUGCCCAUAGCAAAAGGGUUGUCUGACUUUGUAGAAACAUAAACUGAAAGUGUAGUUUUUUUGUGCUACUCUUCAACCCUCAUUAAGAAGACUGGUACCUCAAACUGCAGUUCACAUAACCACUACUUUCUCAUAACCGUUUUCAUCUUAGUAUAAGUGCGCAAAAACACAUAGCAAUUUUGUCUUAUUUAGGUUUACAUCCCUCCAAAUGUACUUAUUAUUGUUAUAUUCUGAAAUUCUACUGCUAAGAAUAUGAGUCCUAAAAUGCUCUGAUAUGCUUUUCUCCCUAUAGGUGUGGGAUUAGCUGCUGCUGUCCUGUCCUUCUGGCUUAAUAUUUACUACAUUGUGAUUAUUUCCUGGGCCAUAUAUUACUUAUACAACUCUUUCACCACAGUAAGUGAUCUUUCUUCUCAUGUUUAAAAAACCCUCAUUACAGCUCAGCUUGAUUAGCUGACCUACUUUAAAAUAAUAAUAAUAAUAAAUAUCAUUUUAUUUAUUUACAUAGGGAAGUUUUGCCCCCCUGCUCACUCCUCUCACCAAUCCCUCACCAACUUCUUCACAAGUUACUUUACUUGCUGAAUUGUCUACCUAAUGGACAAAUCAUUUCAGCUUCUCCUUUCUGUUGCAUAGGGAAAUGAUUUAAAUUGGAUGAACUUGAAAACUGGAGAACAACGGUUGUGUAUGGACAUAGAUUAGGACCUAAUAGUGUUGCUAGGAAGUCAUGCUGGUUCCUUGACCACUCAAAGUUCCACUCAUAGCAUUUUGAGAUUCUGUUAUUCCAACAGGUAUUACAAUGUUUUGGUCCAUAAAACACAUCAUGGCAACAUGCUGGCCUAAUAUAUAGCUUUAAUUUCCAGAGGCAGCCAGAAGUUCAUAUAGCAAUGGCCUUCCUCUAUUCCACAGGUCCAUAUAUUUAUUUUUAACUAUUUCUUUACUGUCUCUCACAUCAACCUUGAGGUGGAAUACAGCUAUUUCAAAACUUUAGGGCAUGUUCACGUAUAACCAACCACACCACCCUGCCUACCGAAUGAUGGUGGCAAAGAAAGCUUACUUCUCCACUACCAUCACAUCUGCAAGUAGUCACCGAAAAGAGUUUUUUCAAGUGGUGAAUGGUGUUGUGUUUUUGUGUGUGUGUGUAUUUUGCUUAAUCUGGACAAGUUUCUUGAAGAACUGCCCCCUUGACUCUUGCACAUCUUAUCUUCUUAGAGCGAGCCAUAGAAGGUUAAUUAGGUGGGCCUAGGGAGUGAUUAAUGCUUUACUGAAAGAGGCAUUGGUUGGUUCCCUCCUUAAGAAGACCUCCCUGCACCCAGGGACCAUACCCUUGAUAUGCUUGAGAAGGUAGUGGUGGUCCAACUUCAGGCAUGCUAGGAGGAAACCGAUUCCUUGGAUCCAUUCCAAUCUGGCCUCAGGCCUGACCAUGGCACUAUAACUGCCUCGGUUGCCCUAGUUGAUCACAUUUUUGGAGAGAAAGAUAGAGGGUGUGUGACUCUGCUGAUUCUCAAUCUUUUAGCAGCUUUUGAUACUGUUGGCCACAGUAUCACUCUGGAGCAUCUCAGGGAGGUUGGGGGCACUGUACUUCAGUGGUUCCACUCCUACCCCCAGGACCAUUUCCAGAAAGCCAUUAUGAGAGGCUACUAUUUGGUGUCUUGGAAGUUUUUUGUGGUUUCCCACAGGGUCCCAUCUUGUCUCCCAUGUUAUUUAAAGUCUACAUGAAGUCUCUGGGAGUUGUCAUCAGGAGAUUUGGAGUGAAGUGUCCUUAAUGUGUAGAUGACACCCAGCACUAUCUCUUUGUUCCAACUGAAUCAGGAGAGACAGUUGAGAUGUUAAACCUGUGCUUGGAGACAGUGACGGGCUGGAUGUGAGCCAAUAAAUUGAAGCUGAAUUCAGAAAAUACAGAGCUGUUAUGCAUCCUGAGUUCUCACAUCCAGGAGUUGGGAAGGACAGCCUGUUCUGGAUGGGUUGCACUUCCAUGGAAGGAGCAGGUCCACAGUUUAAGGGUUCUUCUGAAUUCUGCUUGUCAAUGGAGGCUCAACUGGCCUAAGAGGCUAGGAGUGCCUUUUUCCAGCUCUGGCUUGAACAGAGAUGAUUUGGCUAUGAUAUUCCAGGUUCUGGUAAUUUUCAGACUGGAUUAUUACAAGGAACUCUAUAUGCGACUGCCUUUGAAGAUGACUUGGAAACUUCAAUUGGUCCAGAAAUGCAGCAGCCAGAUGGCUGGCUGGGGUUCCAUUUAGAUUUCACACAACCCAUGUUUUAAAACAGCUGCAUAAGUCCAGUACAGCCAUAGCCCAGUUGCAUGGGCAGCAGGAAUGGAUGUGUCGGUCUUGUUCUGGUUAAUUUGUCUUUUGCAUGUGUUCACCAAUACAUGUAUUCUAUCCAGUAUCUGUGUGCAUUUCCCCCUGCACAGAUUUAAUAUUUUAACAAUAAAAAGUGCCUCAAGUGCUGGCUUUAACACAUUUUCUCCCUCUUUCUUUUUUAAACAGGUACUAGCUGUCUGCAGCAGCUAGAAAGCACAGCUGCUGUCAUACCCAUUGAAAAUUUGGCCAGAGCUGUCCCUAGGAUUGACAGCACGUGAUUGAUGGCUUCCUCCAUGGGUUCAUAGGGGCAGCCAUACAUUUUUCACAUGAAGUCCCUGGAAUGGAUGACACAUAAUCACAUCCUGUCAGCCCAAGGGGCUUUUCUGACCCCCAUCUUCAAUGCAAGUGGUGUGAGUUGUGCUUUCUAGAGGCUCCAGGUGGCUAGCAGGCUAGCACCUUCUGUUAUAAAGUGUGUUAAAGUCAGGCCUCAAUCAACCUCACACAAAUUGGUUGUGGUGCAGAAUUCCUACAGAGACCUGCAAUCUGAUUGUUUCAGGAUGCGCUUGCCUAGGAAUUCAUAACCAACACAUUUCUAAUGGACCCAUAAAGUGGUAGAGCUCUUUUUGGCAGCCUCCACCAGAAUAACGUACAAAAUGGGUCUGAGAGAAAAGGCUAGUAGGAAAAGAAACACUCAACUCAAGUUAAAUUUUUGUUUCAGCUUUAAAAAAGAAAAAGAAAGCAUGUUUAGUUCUUCCUAAUUGUGAAGAGUAAAUCAGAAAUGCUGGAAAAAGAUUAGAUCAGUGCCACUCUUCAUGUCCAAUAAUGUACUGUGUGUCUUCAGAAGUAUGCAUAUAUAAUAAUGUAAGUCAAGAACAUUUAAGAGACAAAAGUUACAACAGAAUAUAAUUCUUGACAGGCAUGAGCCCUGUGGAAGCUUAAUGCCCUGAAAGAUUGAAACCAGCUUAGUGUUAACAUUGGCUAUCAUUUCUAAGCAAGCAUGGUAUACUAGCUGUUAGUUCUUAAGAUGACUUUAAAAACACUGAUGUUUUUAUUCUUCUCUCCCCAUUCUUUAUCCUUGCUUUUUUAAUUAGAAUCUUCCAUGGAGACACUGUAACAACCCCUGGAACACAGACCACUGUUUCUCAAAUUAUAGUAUAGCAAAUACCACCAACAUGACAAGUGCUGUUUUGGAAUUCUGGGAGUAAGUUGAGAAAAAUAUUUUCCUCAUGAAUAUGUUCAGUUAAUUUCUUACUAGAUGUAUAAGGUCAGCUAAGUUCAAGAAAUUUAUACAUUUCCUCUUUGAUUUUAGACGUAACAUGCACCAAAUGACAGAUGGAUUGGAAAAACCAGGCCAGAUCCGUUGGCCAUUAGCAAUUACUCUAGCAAUUGCCUGGAUUUUAGUGUAUUUCUGCAUCUGGAAGGGGGUAGGCUGGACAGGAAAGGUAAGAAUGUGUUCUAAAAGCCUGUACAUUGUAUGUGAGUCAGCAUAGAAUUCUAAAGCUUCAAAAUAGACUAGUCUUGCUGAUACAUCCUUCCAUGAGAUAUGAAUGUUAAUGCCCUUUUUUAAACUCUUUGGAUACCCCUGUAAAUUACUAGAGGGAUAGUGGUGCUAGUCUAUUGCAGCAAAAAACAUAAAGACUCUUCCAACACCAUUAAUAUUAACAAAUUUUAUUAUGGCACAAACUUUCAUAAACUUGGAUAAAACAUGCAAGCUUUAAAUGCGCCACAAGAUUAUUGUUUUCUGCUGUAAAUUGUAUUUCAAGCAUGCAUAUAUAUAUUCCAUUACUGUACAAAUUGAACUUUUAAGUUUUUAAAAGUGAGUAGUAAUUAAAGGUAAAGGACCCCUGGACGGUUAAGCCCAGUCAAAGGUGACUACAGGGUUGUGGCGCUCAUGUUGCUUUCAGGCCGAGGGAGCCAGUGUUUGUCCACAGACAGCUUUCUGGGUCAUGUGGCCAGCAUGACUAAAACGCUUCUGGUGCAACGGAACACCGUGACGUAAGCCAGAGCACACGGAAACACGGUUUACCUUCCCGCCAACCUAGCAGUUCGAAAGCACGCCGGUGCAAGUAGAGAAAUAGGUACUGCUGUGGCGGGAAAAGUGAGUAAGAGCAGACUUACUUAACUAUGAAAGGCGGAGGGUGGCAAUCCGUACAAGAGAACCAAGCAUGGGCAUGUCUAGCAAGGAGGGGAUUCUGUAGCCCUGUGCUUAACAUGCAAUAAGAAACAGCAGAGUACUGUUGCAUCUGUCUCAGAUGGGGGGCAGUGGAAACUUUUUCAGUUUGAGGGCCACAUUUCCUUCUUAGUAACCUUUUUUGGGGGUCGCCACAUGCUAAUCGUGGGUGAGGCCAGAGGCAAAAGUAGGCAGAGCAACUAAUAUGAACUUUACCGUCUCUCAGUAAGCUGGUUUCUACACACACUGUUGCACAUCUCCUCUGUCCUCCAUCCAGGCAAGCAGUAAGUAUUGCAGCCAGGCAAAAACACUUAAGGAGGGUGCAAAGCAGGGCUUACAAGAGGAGUGGCUGGGAUGGGGUGUGUGGCCUAGGAAGAGUCAUGAGGGCCUAGUAUGAAAGUCUGAAGGAUGGCACUUGGUCCCUAGGCCUGAACUUCCCAUCCCUAGUCUUAGAUUCAGAUGUGUAUAGCAUCACCAAAUUUAUUUCCCCUGUAUUUCUUAAACCUCAGUGUUAAACUCAUUGCUUCUAACGCUACGCACCCCAUUCUUUGUUUCAGGUAGUGUACUUCUCUGCCACGUAUCCAUACAUCAUGUUGAUUAUCUUGUUCUUCCGUGGAGUAACAUUACCUGGAGCAAGAGAAGGCAUUUUAUUCUAUGUAACUCCUAAGUUUGAGAAGCUCUCUGACUCUGAGGUAAGCAUUCAGGCCUGGUAACCUAAUAAUCCUAUGGGAAGAAGUUCAAGUGAUGCACUCUUCUGAUCAUUCUGUUGUAGCCAGUGUUUCUGCAUGCCACAUUAAAUGAAACCCCUUCUGCUCUCCCCCCCCCCAUGUGGUGUUCUGGGGUUUCUCCUGUCCCACCAGAGCCUGUCCCACCAGGCAUGUUGCACUAGCAGGAGCCCUUGUACUGAUUUCUGGGCCAUUUGCAGUAGUAUUGCUCAUACUGUCAUUGCACGCUCAUUAUUUAUUAUCACCUGUUUGUAACUAUAUAUAAACUACCAAUCAUAGCCAUGUGGACCUGUCUUUGUCCUUUAUGACUAGGUAUGGCUGGAUGCUGCCACACAGAUCUUUUUCUCCUAUGGGCUGGGUCUUGGCUCAUUGAUUGCUCUUGGAAGUUACAACCCUUUCAACAACAAUGUUUACAGGUAAAGCAGUUACCAUUCUUUAGUAGCCUAGAUUCCUAGAUAAUGCAGAUAGGGGAUAUUUGAUACAAUUCACAGGGCACAAACAUAAUCCCUCAGAAACUGAAAGGGAACGAUUCUCUCCUGCUGCACACAGAGCACAUGGUGUUUCCAGAUUCCUCCCAUACUGGAGGAGCAGCUGUAUUGCUCCCUAUUGUUCAUGAGAUGCAAAGUGGGCAACAUCAUUCCUUCUAAUACUUUAUUUGGAUGUUUUGGUCCCUAUCUGUUUUGGCAGCAAAAUGGAGCCACUCAAAAGUAUUAGUAGUGGUUUCUACAUUUUACAAAAAGGUUCUCAGCCAGGACCUACAUUCAUUGUGGCCUCCACCAAGAUCUAUGCUUCAUUUGGUUAGAGAGGAAUAUGAAGAAAUAUCUUAUUGAGACCCUAUAUUGAUCUGCUUCCAACUCUCAGCAUUUAUAUGAGAGGAUGACUAAACUAUGUAACAAUAAAGCAAUUCAGAUGGAUCUGGCAACUUUCAGCAUUAUAUAGCAUAGCAGGGAGAGAUUUCAGGUGAAUAAGAUAGAUUUAAAGUAUCUCUUUUCCUUUUUCCCCUCAUCCUGACAUCUUCCCUUCUUUCUGUGAGUCCUGAACAGCCCUAUAAGAAUUGCUCGAACUCUGAACAGGAGCACUUUUGUUAGGUGCUUCAACAUAUUGCUGCAGAGCCCCACUUUUAAUGUCAGAAUAUCAAACUUCCCCUCUUUGCAGGCUCUUGGGGACUGGGACAUCUAGGGCAGUAAGGCUACCUUUGCAUGUCCCAAUAUUCCUGAGCAAAAUUCAUUCAGCCAGCUCAUAUCAGUGUAAUGUGAAUUAGUACUUUCCCCUGCAAAACAAAGACAGUCCUUAAUAAGAGACAGACCAAUGAAAGGCUUCUUUGUCAAAUGAAGAAACUAGCUAGAGUUCACUGAUAAUUUUUGUAUUUAAAAAGUUAAUCCUACAUAUACAGAGUUAUAAUACAGUAUCAUAAGCCUUAAACAAUUUGCCCUGACAACAGGAAUGUUGCUUGAAAUCCUGACUUUGGACAGUUUUACUACCCUCUUCUCUCUCUGUCUCUUUUUUCAGGGAUUCCAUCAUAGUGUGCUGCAUAAAUUCUUGCACAAGCAUGUUUGCUGGUUUUGUUAUCUUCUCCAUUGUUGGAUUCAUGGCUCAUGUCACCAAACGUCCUAUUGAAGAAGUUGCAAAAUCAGGUGUGCAACAUCUUAACAGUUUGCAGUGUCUUUUUGUUUCAGAAGAUAGCAGGGAAGACAAGUUACACUAUAAUUGGGGAAUCUGCACUUGAGAGAAUACCCCCCCCCAAAGUUCAUUAGUCCUAAUGGUUGUCUAGGAAAAUAGAGCGGCAUUCACUUGCAUAAACAAGGCACUAAUACGCUUGUGAGAUCGUUAGCCAUUACCCCAAAGUAAUCUGAGAAGUGUCUGCAAGCCUAGUGGCCAACACACCUCAUGCCAAGGGUUCAAAAAUCAAUGUAGACAUGCAUAAACAAGUAACUACCAGCACAGUUACUUGUUGGAAAUACAUAGCAGCUUCAUAUGUUUAUACGAGAUAACUUCAUAAUGCUUUUAGAGUGCAGAAGCUAUUGUGUAUAUAGAAAAAUAUAUUGUAAUUGUUUUUCACAAAAAUAUAGUUGUUUCUAUAUCCAUAGAUAUAUAGAGAUAUACAUUCAUGUGCAUAUUUAAACCUACACUUUCUAAUCUCCAUUUCGUAUCUGUCUCAGUUUUUCCAGCUUUGUUAUUAUACAGUAGUAUGAAAUGAGAUAUUAGUAGUAAAAUGCCUAAAUUAGUUUAUAAUUAAUAAAUUGAGCUGCUAGAUAUUGCGUUAAUGGUAAGUGACAAUAAAUACAUUUCCCCCAUUACCAGGUCCUGGGCUUGCAUUUUUAGCCUAUCCAGAAGCAGUAACACAACUUCCUGUCUCACCUUUGUGGGCAAUACUGUUCUUCUCCAUGUUGCUUAUGCUUGGAAUUGACAGUCAGGUAAAACGAAGUGUUAUUGUUGUUUUUAAAAACGCUAUUACUGAAGACAAAUGUCCAACAGUUCAUUAUAUGUUUCUAUCAAUGCUAGCUGUAUCUCUGUAUCAAUCUUCACUGAUACCAGCCAACUUCACGAACCACAGUUCAAAGCUGGCUUGUUUCUCUCAAAAAAAAAAAAAAAGUACCUGUAAUUAAGACCAGCCCAUUUCUUGAGUUUCAAGCAUAAUACUGAACAAGUUAGUUUAAAAAGGAAGUAAAGACUCCUGAUCUCCUGGUUGUAGAUGCAGAGGAGAAAAGGGAGGAGAGCACACAGGUCCAUGACUCAUUAUGUCAGAAUGAGGUCUAUGGCUGAACUGGGCCAUUAACACUAGUGAACAGUUUCUGUAAUGGGUGACUAUUUAAAUUUGUAUGCCAUCUUUUGUCCAGUGAUUCUAGGGUAGUUUACAGACAAUAAAACAAUACAAAAGAACCCAACUAAUAAAACAGUAGAUUGCAGAACUUUAACAAGUAUUUAAAUAAGCAAAAUGUUAAACAAUAUACCUAGAAUUUUUAAAAAGUUUGCCUGGUUUCAAAAGCAUUACAUCAAAGAAGUUUCUUUGGAGAAGGCUUACCAGAGAUGGGACACCACAGCCAAUUAAAUUUUUCUUUAAAAUAUGUCUGUGCACUGUGGCUUAGAAUAUGGAAUCCCAUAAAGUGAGCCUCCCCAUUUUCUUGGUUCCUAUAAGUGGUUCCCUUGGUUCAUGAAAGCAGCAGCCUUUGCUGAUAUUUUUCUCAGUCACUGAGAGCAGGACUGAAGGUUCUCCACGCCUUGUGUCAAAGGAGAAUUGGCAGAAGCAUGCUAAACUAUGCAUUAAAAAUGCCUCGUAAAACUUUUUCCUAUAAUGUUUAAUUCUAACUUUUGUGAAUUUGUGAGUUUGUGUGUGUGUGUGUACAACUCACUUUCAAUACAAUUUAGGCCCCCAAACAAUUGUGCCUAUUUUCUUAAACUAAGCAGCCAAUUAUUAUCCUGUCUCAUGAGAUGAUGCCUUUAUAGUAGCAUAAAUUUCCUCACUCUGACUACUUUCAGGAUAUUGAUCUUGCCAAACUUUGUGAAGGUUUGACCCCCAUGUCCCCCAUUUACUGUUUCCUCAGAGGACACAUUCCUGGUUUGGCUACAUCCCUUGAGUGCCCUGGGUUCUCUCCCCCAAUGUCCUAUGCAAGAAGGGAAGGUACUCACCACAUCAUCAGCAUCAGUUCCAUUGGUCUACAGAGUCCUCACUCCUCCCUAUUAGUAGUUCAGGUACUGGGCCCAUUACAUGGAUGUUCCCUCAAGCCAGGCUAUUAUUGACAUCAGCAGAGGCAGCUUCUUUACUAGUGGAAGCUCAGCUACCAUCUUCGGGUCCACGACCAAGUGUUUCCACUUCUCCAGUUCACUCUGGAAUAAGCUUUUGGAGGGGAUGCCAGCGUGUUGUCAGGAUGUCCGUGUGCCAGCGCCAGUGACAGACCACUUUACUUCUGCCUGGGCAAUUCCCAAAAUGGAGCCCCCGUGCCCUAUUGCUACAGCUCCCAACAAACAAGAUCUCCACGCUUUUAUAGAGUAAAUGUUAAAAUAAUUUAGAGUGCCAUUUUGUUUACACAAGGCUGACAUGAAGACCUUUAUUAGCAUUGAACCAAUGAAGCCGGAGCUGUUGCAUUUUGAAUGGGGGAGGCCCAAUUUCAUUUAACGGACAGUUCAGCCAUGAAAUUCAAUGGGUGGCCUUAGAGCUAACCUGCAUCACUGGGGCAGAAUAUAAAAUAUAGAAGUGUAAAUCCCCUUUACUCACCAAUUCACCAAACAAGGUAAAGGUAAAGGGACCCCUGACCAUUAGGUCCAGUCGUGCACAACUCUGGGGUUGCGGCGCUCAUCUUGCUUUAUUGGCCGAGGGAGCCGGCGUACAGCUUCCGGGUCAUGUGGCCAGCAUGACUAAGCCGCUUCUGGCAAACCAGAGCAGCACACGGAAACGCUGUUUACCUUCCCGCUGGAGCGGUACCUAUUUAUCUACUUGCACUUUGACGUGCUUUCGAACUGCUAGGUUGGGAGAAGCAGGGACUGAGCAACGGGAGUUCACCCCAUCACGGGGAUUCGAAUCACUGAACUUCUGAUCGGCAAGCCCUAGGCUCUGUGGUUUAACCCACAGUGCCACCCGUGUAAACAAACACAGUGGAAUGUAUGUACAUACAUGUCAACAAACCUUAUUUUUCAUAGUGCACCUUACUUUAACUUUUGUUGAUAGUUCAUACACAGUACAUUAGCAACAGCAAUAGCUAUUUCAUAAUGGGAUGGAAAUAAUGAAGAGUCCUUAUUCAUGAAGCCUAAAGUUCUUUUAUAAAAGAAAAUCAGCAAAAUUAAUAAUUCAUUUUGAAGAAACUGCUGUUAAUUUAAUUGAGUCAAACAUAUCCUUAACUAAGUUUAGCUUUAGGCUACCGAAAUAUAAAAAGUAGCCUAAUAUUCCCCCCACCCCAAAAAAACCUAGGCCUGUGUGUAAGAGCUUUCGGGCUUUCUUAUUUUAUUUUUCUUUAACUUCUUCAACUUCUUCAUCUGUAGUAUAAUAUGAAAUAGUUCCACUCUACUGUCACAACACAGAUACCACCAAAAAUGGCUCCUUGUCUCAUAUUAUCCUUAGUCAAUCUAUAGUAUGUUAAAACAUUUACCAUUGUGUCUUAACACACUUCCCAGUGGCUGUCAGAAAUGUACACACUCAUAGCUUGAGGGGAGAAUGUCAUGUGCUUAGUAGUUCUUUUGGCAGGGCAGCAAAAGUAAUAUUUGAUUAUUGAAAAAAAAAUGUUUACUAUGGCCCUAAGAAGAAACUUAUAUGUCACUUUAAGCAUGUACAGGAGCUCUGCAUGUGCAUCAAAAUGCACAAAGGGAUCUAAGUCAGUUUGACUAUCUAUUAUGUUUCUAAACUGAGGUCUAGACUCUCAGCAGGAACAAGUUAGCUUAAUUAUUAGUCCAGACAACCUGUCCCACAGAUUUUAAAAAGCGUGAGUUUCCUAUUUUUAAUUUCAGGUAUAUUUUAAUAGAUUCAGAAAUGUUGCCCUAUAAAUAAUCCACCUGUGCUUUAACAUGAUUGCAGAAGCUGCACCACAACUCAUGAAAUGAGUCACCAUUAGUCUGAUCAAAGUAUAUCAGAACUGGGCAUAUCGGUUUGCCCUGUUCCAGAUGUAUCUUGACUAUUGAUCUGCAUCACAACAUAAUAGUUUGGGAGAAGAGAAAUUGGAGAAGAGAUAGGAUAAAGCUGGAUGUUGCUUUAGCUCAAUCUAAUGUUGCUGGUUUGGUUUGUGUGUAACCUCUCAUUCCACUUUCAGUUCUGUACUGUUGAAGGAUUCAUAACAGCACUAGUGGAUGAAUUUCCAAGACUGUUACGCAGUCGGAGAGAAAUUUUUAUUGCUGGUGUGUGUGUCGUUUCCUAUCUGAUAGGACUGUCGAAUAUUACUCAGGUAAAUACUAUAUUGGGAACUUCUUAUCUCUAAUUUGCUGUGGUCACAUUUUCUACUAAACAGAAUUAUGAAGUAAGAGUCCUCUGUGGAUUGCCUAUUAAUUUAAGAAGGUGGGGAGACAGGAGAGAUUCAGCUUUUCCUAAACCUUCAAAUGUCAAUAUCCUCUAAGGAUUUGAGAUUAGUAUAAUGCAUAUAUAAUAUAUAAUACCUAUAUUUACUGGCAUGUUGUCAGGCUUAAUGCUACUCUUAAAAUCUACAGCUUGUUCUAUUAAAUUGAUUUACAACCACUGAGAUUCCAUCUGUUUUGGCAACUCUUAGAUACCCUUGGAUAGGAAAAACACAUAAAGGCUUGGUUAUCAUCAGCCAAUGACAUUGCUGCAUUCAGGAACAAUAUUUUAUAUAGUAUGGAAUGUAAAUAAUGCCAAAAGCCAUGGCAACAUUGAAAAUCAAUACACAAAUGGUAUAUUUAAGGAAUCUUUCUUUGUACAAGAGCAAGACAUCGAUGUAUUUAUUAUUCCUUCCCUAUCUAAUUGUGUGUCUGCUUUGAAUUACAAAAUUGUAGAAUUGCAACUAACCCAACCCCCUGCAAUUCAGGAAUCUCAAUUAAAGCAUCCCUGAGAGUUGGUCACCCAACCUCUGCUUAAAAACCUCCAAGGAAGGAGAGUCUACCACCUUACAAGGGAGUUCAUUCCACUGUUGAACAGCUCUUACCAUCAGAAUAUUCUUCCUGAUGCUGAGUUGGAAUCUCCUUUCUUGCAACUUGUCUCCAUUGGUUCAGGUCCUACCCUCUGGAGCUGGAGAACAAAAGCUUGCUUCAUCUUCCAUGUGACAGAACCCCUAGCUCAACUAUUUACUCUUAUCAAUAAAUAUGGAAUUAUCCCUAUACCACCCUUCAUCUGCGGAUCACAGGGCAGUUUACAAAAUAAAAAUAUUACACACAAAAUUUAUUGAUACUGAUACGUAGCAAUUCACUGAUUAUUUGCAGUUGUAUGGUCCAAAGGUCACAGUUAUCCAGGGUAAGUGAUCAAUGAAUACUUAUAAACCUAGAGAAUCUCUCCAAGUAAUAAAAACAGAAUUGAAAUAGGAAAGUAAAGGUAAUAUAGAGGUUAAACAAAACAGGAAAGGAAAUCUCAGAAGUGUGAUGAACUUAACACAUUUUAUAUAUUGCAGGGUGGACUAUAUGUGUUCAAGCUUUUCGACUAUUAUUCUGCAAGUGGAAUGAGUCUCUUGUUUCUUGUGUUCUUUGAGUGUAUCUCCAUAUCCUGGUGCUAUGGUAUGUGAUGCUAUAGUAUUUUGAAAUUUAUGAAAAUAAGCCAAAAGAAUGUAAUUUUUUUGUAAAGCAGUCCCCAGAUGAAAUGAAGUAAUCAUUUAAAAUGUUAUGUGUACUUAAAACUGAAAUUGUUUUCUAUAAUUGCCACAUUUAUCUUAACAAAAUAAUGCCAUACCUAGAGGUAAUUUGAGGCCAUCUGAACUGUUUAAGUGAGGGAGAUGUGCCAUCUCACUGUAUGUACCGUAUUUUUCGGCCCAUAGGACGCACUUUUCCCCCUCCAAAAAUGAAGGGGAAAUGUGUGUGCAUCCUAUGGGGCGAAUGCAGGCUUUUGCUGAAGCCUGGAGACUAAGAGGGGUCGGUGCGCACCGAUGCCUCUAGCUCUCCAGGCUUCAGGAAGCUAUCCGCAAGCCUUGCAAGCCCGGCGGGACCUCCCACCGGGCGUGCGAGGCUUGGGGCGGCAGCCUGCAGCCCGAAGCACGGGGAGCCCUCUGGAGGGCGCCCCGUGCUUCAGGCGGGUGUCCGCAAGCCAUGUGCGCCCAGCGGGCAGGUGUGCGCAAGGCUUGGGGCUGCAGCCGCGGCUGGGGGGGGAAAUAAUUUUUUUUUAUUCAUUCCCCCCCCAAAAAAACGAGGUGCGUCCUAUGGGCCGGUGCGCCCUAUAGGACGAAAAAUACGGUAUAUUGUACUUAGGAGGGAGGAGAGAAUUGGGGGUGUUUGAUAGCAUGCUAACAUUUUCAACUGGAAUUUAAGCAUUUUUGGAAAAAGUAAGUAAGAACUGUAAGAACUCUAGCGCUCGUCAAAGUACUACCAUUCAUAUACGGUGCUAUGGAAGAACUGUUCCUUGAUUUGUUUUGUUUUAAACGUUUUAUGAGCACUGCAUUGCUUAUGAAAAGCGGUAUUACUUUAUAAAUGUACAAAUUAUUAAAUCCUUGAAAACUUUUAAAGUAUCAACAAAAUGAUGGCUUGUCAUUUGUGAUGUUACUGGCACUAUCCAGUAGGUGCUUAAAAUAUCAAUGUAAGCACAUUCCACAUGGUAUUUCCAAUCUCCAUUGAUGUGCUAGCUGGCAGAAGGCUUUAGAAAAUAUUUCCGUCACAUAAAGCAGUCAGGAAAUUUCCAUGCCUAGAAAGGGUAUAAGGAUUGGAAAAAGACCAAGAAAGUGAAGUCAUAUGCACAAAACGUUUAGUGAAUGUUAGAUUCUCAUUUUACCAUUAUUUUGAGGAUCAGAAAGGUUUCACCUAUGGGGGGGAGGAGGAAUAAGUUUCUAUCCAGGAAGCUAACAGAAUUUGAAGAUGCAAUCAAACUAUCAAAGAAAAAUACAUUUUCCAGAUUAUAAAUAACAGCAUAAUACCUAUAUAUUUAGGAUGAACUAGAACCAUGGUUGCAGUCCUGUACAUGAAACACUUAAAUCCUAUUGAUGCAGCUUAGCUGUGCACACAAAUUGCAACCCAAAUAAUAAUAAUAUUAUGCUACAAAGAGGCAAUAAAUUAGUCAAGAUUCUGUGGGAUGCCCCUCAGAUCCAGAGUUCCUAUACACACGUAUUGCAGCUCCCUAACUUAAUGCUUUCAAAUGAGCUUUUUCACACCAACCCUAUAAGACCUUAAUAAAUCUCUUACAUCUUAAUGACUCUUUUGUUGACUUCUCUGAUUUAUUCUCUUCUUUGUUGAAGCAUCUUACUGUAGAUUAUCGAUUAUAUUCACAUUCACAUGCUAGAAUCUAGGCUUUUCCCUUAGGGGAUUGGCGUUUUCCUUCCUCUGUGCAUUGUUUCUGCACAAGGUAUGCAAAUCUGUUAACAGUUCCUACUGCUAAUGGUCCUGUUCCUGGGAAGUUACAUUUUCCCUGCACUCAACCCAUAAUGUUGAAUCAUGGGGGAAAGAGCUUUCUCAUGACACAUGUGCCCCUUGUAACCAGAACUAAUGAUGUAUUGGCUGUUGUUUGGAUUGCUGUUCAUUUCCUCCCUUCCCCGUAGGCUGUAGGCUCCAUUUUUCCAGUGCUAAAACCUCCCCCACUCGGGUCUGAUUAUUUCCCUGCAGCUAGGCUAGUCCCUGGCUUUAAGGCCUUUUUGGAGCCACCAGUUCUGUAGAACCACCAACACUGGAUUGUUAAUGGGUUUGGUAGGUUAUCUGGCAAGACUCUGGCAAGACUUUGGUAGGUUAUCUGGCAAGAGAGCCAGUGUGGUGUAGUGGUUAAAAGCGGUAGUCUCGUAAUCUGGGGAACCGGGUUCGCGUCUCCGCUCCUCCACAUGCAGCUGCUGGGUGACCUUGGGCCAGUCACACUUCUUUGAAGUCUCUCAGCCCCACUCACCUCACAGAGUGUUUGUUGUGGGGGAGGAAGGGAAAGGAGAAUGUUAGCCACUUUGAGACUCCUUAAAGGGAGUGAAAGGCGGGAUAUCAAAUCCAAACUCUUCUUCUGAUAUAUUUCAAACCUUUUCUCUCUCCUAGCCAUUCAUUAUUGGUUUCAACCAACUAACAAUUUGUUUGUUUGUUUAUUUAGGUGUAAACAGAUUUUACGACAAUAUCCAGGAGAUGGUUGGCUAUAGGCCCUGCAUCUGGUGGAAGCUCUGCUGGUCUUUCUUUACUCCAAUCAUUGUGGCAGUAAGAAACAAAAAUGUUAAAGAUGUUAAAUGCAAUUAAUGCAAGUCUACAUUUUUUUUUUAAAGUUCAAAUGAGCACAAAUAAUCAAGAAUGCACAGUGAUAAGGAUGUCCAGUAAGGCUCUAAAAUGCUGCAACAACACUUGGCCGUUUGAUCAUGCACACACACAUUUGUGCUUUAUUUUGAUAUAACAACGUACAAUAAUUUAUAUAACUUACAAUUCAAGCAUAAUAUUCACAAAACUUUUUAAAAGAUGUAAGCUGUGUUUAAAAAAUGUAAGCUGUGUUUUUUUCUGUUCUCUAAAUACUUUGGUCUACUUCCAUGCCUUCUGGAGAAAUAGCAACUAAAAUAAUUUUAAUUAAAGUAUACUUAAUGAAAUUCUAAUCUUCCAAUAGUUAAUGGAAGGACCAUAACAACUGCCGACUCGCCCCAAGACACAUUAUUUUAGAGAAUCCAGUGUUUAUUUUUAGUGCACAGGUGAUGAUAAUCUAAUAUAAAAGCUGCCAUCUUCUAUUUUCUUCUUUCCAAAAACUUUCUACUUUUGUCUUUUUUAGCUGAUUCCACUAGCAAAAAUAGCUUUGGGCUAUUUCUAGCAAAGGGCUAGAGCAAUGGUCAUAGUGGUGAAUGCACAUAUCAUUUUAUGAUACUGAGAAGCAAAAAGAAAACCACGUAAAGCAGGCUCAAAACUCAGUAUAUAUUGUUUUAUUCUGUACAUGAAAAAUAAAAUGUUUGAAAGGAGAAGCAACAAGAGAAAAUUAAAAAUCUAUGAAACUGUAUGAUUUCAAAAUUUAUAAAUAUAUAUGGUUCAAAAUAUCCUUUUGUAUAUCAAAAUGCAUGUCACACUGUUUAGGGCUAUUUGCCAAUUCAAUUACAAGACAGGUCAGAUAAUUUAACAUGCAGUUAGAGUUUACGAGCCAAAUCUUGCAGGGCUCUUGGAAACAGACGCAACAAGUUGGGGGCCUUUGAGGAAUCAUAGUGGUAUAGGAAUAAAUUAAUGAGAAAUGCUCACAUCCCCAUCUCACAAUACUAGGAUACCAAUGAGCUCUGGGCUGGCUUCCAUAAACGUCCAGUCCUGAACCAGCAUUUUGGAACUAUUGCAUUAGCACAUAACACUCACAUUGCCACAGAAUUAAGCAAGGAAUAAUAAUAAAAUACAAAAUACAAAUACAAAUUAGCUCGCAGGGUGGAAGGACUUUGGAGGAAAGAAAGGAAAAAGGGCACCAUCUUCACUCAUUCUUCUAAAGCCUUUCUCUGUUACUAUAUAACACUAAACGGCUAUGCAUCCAGCAGAUGGGGGGAUGUCUUUUAGAGAAAGGGGAAAGGAAGGUUGUUCUUUCCUUCUGCCUGAAAACUCCAUACACAGUGGGGGAGAAAGGCUUCGUGGUGGACAUCUCCCUCACCUUAAUCACCACUACUAAGAACCCCACCUUUAAGAUUCUGUAAACCUCUAGGAGCUUAAGCAAGCCUGUCUCCUCCCUACCCCCUGCUCCAAUUUCCUCCACAACCCUUUGAACUGUCACCAACAUGUUGUGGCUCCUGGUGGGCAGGAUGGAUACUGAAUCUUUGCAUUGCAUUGUUUUGUACAAAAGUUGUGCAUUCCAGAGAAUCUCCUGAGAAUGCAGAAAUUACUCCUUUGUCUAUGAGGGACAAAUUCAGUAUAAUUCCUAUAAAUCUUAUAUCCGAUGAGGGGAAACUAACUAAAUAUCUGAAAAUACCUAAUACCCAUAGGGUUACAUAGUAAUACCCAUAGUGGCUCUCUCCAGGUGCACGUCAUCCCUGUCUCUGAGCAUUGUGAGAUUUCAGGGUUCCCAAGCACUUUUGGAAAUGAGGCACAGCGGAGACUGUGGUGUCUUUAUGAGAUAUGGUUUAUUUACACAGAUGUACAACUUGAGUCUGCAAUGGAGGGGUUCACAGCAUUAACACCCCAAAAGGGUCUUGUUUCUACCGUAGCCGCAGCCUUGGGCUCAAAUAGACAUCAAACAUGUUCUGACUGUAUCUCCAGCUCGCUUCUUUUUCUCCCAGCCUCCGGCUUACAUAACUCAACUCUCUACUGUGGCCUUUUGUCUUUCAAACUAGCCACAAGCUGGGUGAGGGGUCCGACCCAUUUGCCCCUUUCCUUUGUAUCCCUUAAUGGCUCAUUGGCCAGGCUAUCACCUCAAUGGCUUAUAUUUUAACACUUGCUGGAUCCAGGGCUUGGAGGGGUAUUUGUAUACAAUCUACUUCCCCACCCUCACCCCAAACUCAUAACAGUACCAUCAGAAAUUACAUAGGUAAAAUGGAAGAGGUCUGGAAUUUUUAAAAGGAAAAUAACUUUUCACUUUAAUUUUCCUAUCCAAGCAAAGAACUACCUGCAAAAGCAGCAGCAGCAACUACAACAAACCAUAGCUGACUUUUUUCAUGCUUUUACUUCCCCAGGGUGUGUUUAUCUUCAGUGCCGUGCAAAUGACUCCUCUCACUUUGGGCGAUUACGUAUUCCCGGCAUGGGGCCAAGGUGUUGGCUGGUUUAUGGCUCUAUCAUCCAUGGUGCUGAUUCCAGGCUACAUGGCAUACAUGUUCCUUACAUUAAAAGGCUCCUUGAAACAGGUAAAUUAUGUCUUUAGAACUGUGCCUACACUUGGCAAGAUGCCAGUUUCAGCAAGCACAAUCUGCUGUUGCGUUCUUAUUUACAAUAUCAAAGUAUACCUCUUUGCUACAGUAAAUUAUCCCUGGGUCAGUCUUUUCUUAUGAUUUGUCCAAAUGUAAAUCAGUAGCAAUGGCACAUAUCUCUAUAUCUACUAUAUAUCAAUAUGAUAGCGAGCCCCUAGAGAACUUCCUAGCUGAAGGGUGGACUAUAAAACAUUUAAAUGAAAUAAAGAUUGGCAGCUAAGCUUCCAGAAUAUUGCAGCAUAGGAAGGCCUCUCCAUACCAGUUGCCAUUAAAAAAUGUGACAGGAUUACUCAGGUUCUCACCUUCCUUUCUCCUUUCCAAGUAAAAACAUGGCUAAAUGAUUUUCCCACUUUGUGACUGUAAAGAUGAGUUCUAGCUGUAUGAGUGGGCUUCUCAGUUUCCUCUGCCCCAAUUUCAUUUCCCUUUGCCCUGUUUCCUCCCAACUUCCACAAUCUCUGGUCACUGGUUAUGCUGCUUAGAACUAAUGUCAGCGAAGACCCCAGCCCAGCAGGCUUCACCAACAUCUCAGCUCAAAUCUUUGUAGAGAAUCUCAGCUGUUACACAGUGCAUCAACUGAGAACGGCCACUUACUCAGUCUCUCUCUCUUUUUUUUUAAAUGAUAUUUAUUAAAGUUUCAAAGAAAGGAUUACAUAAAUAAAAAGAGGGGGGGAAAGAAAAAGAAACAAAAAGGAAAAAAUACAAAAUACAAAAAAAAGAUAAAAAACACUUAAAAGACACAUCAGUCUUUCCAUGCCUUACAUUUCAUUUCCUUACUUCCCUGACCUCCUCACAACUCCCUUUUUUGUAUUCCAGUUCUGUUAGUUAAUUCAGCAAUUCAUUUCCCUCUUUGUUUUUGUCUUAAUCCUUUAACUUAAUAUAUUAUAACUUUGGAUUUUCGCCUGUUAACAAUCCAUUUUUACAUACACCUUUAUAACAUUACUGCUAAAACCACUUAACUUCAUUCUGACAUCAUUCUAACAUUCAUUAAUUUUGCAGUAUUUCUGUAAAUAGUCUUUAAAUUUCUUCCAAUCUUCUUCCACCGACUCUUCUCCCUGGUCUCGGAUUCUGCCAGUCAUUUCCGCCAGUUCCAUAUAGUCCAUCACCUUCAUCUGCCAUUCUUCCAGAGUGGGUAAAUCUUGUGUCUUCCAAUACUUUGCAAUAAGUAUUCUUGCUGCUGUUGUGGCAUACAUAAAGAAAGUUCUGUCCUUCUUUGGCACCACACUUAGUCUCUGGGUGGUGGUGGUGGCCCAUUGUGGAAGGAUCUCAGCUCCAUGGAGAAAAGGGCCUCUCCAUCAUAGCCCGGCCUGUUGGGGAAUUUCCCCGGCUGGCCGCAAAGGAGGGUGGGAUAGCUCACCAUGCACUGGAAUUCAAAUUGGCCAAUCAUUGGCCCAAGAGGGCAGUGCUUGGGCAAUGGGCCAGAAUGAAGUAAUAAAGUAGGCUGUCUGCAAAUCUCAGUUGUUACACAGUGCAUGGACUGAUAAGAGGAUGAACAUUUUGAUUAGGCAGGAUUCACUGCUAGUUUACUAUUUACUGAUCUAAAAAUUUUGUUAUUGUCCCAAAAAUUAUUAAUACCUGUCAGGGAACUGCCAUCAGUACUGGAGGGGGAGAGCGAAAGCCAGAGGGAUUCCAGAGAGCUUCCAGGGAUCGGGAGGAGCAGCCCAUCUUCUGGGGAAGAGAAUCAGCGUAGCACCAGGGGAGAAGGGGGGCAGCUGGGGGAAGUGGUGAGGCGGUCUCAUGACUCCUUGCCUGGGACCAGCAGGGAGAGUAGGGGUCCUCCGUUGCCCACGCCCUCCCUGCGCAGAAGGCUUCCGCGCAGAGAGGGUAGGCGGAGACUAGGCGUCAAAGAACUUCUUUGCUGGAAGAAGUUUAAGAAACGCCCACUCACGGAUUCUGCCAGCGAUUGAGUCAGCCACGGGUGAGUGGCUGUCCGGACAGAAAAGGUUCACUUUGGCAGCCCAGCCAGGUGUUUGCACCCAGCUGGGGAGAUAGGCACCUGCUUACGCACGAGCAACCCCUAGAACCAUUACAAUACCAUACACUGGAAAGUCAUUCAGGAACUGUGGCCUCCUUCCCUCCUUCCUUCCUUCCUAUUGCACCUUUCAUGAAUGACAACUACAGAACUGGAAUAUAAAUUUAAUGUAAGGGAAGCCAUUCAGAUUAAGAACAAUGAAAUGACUCUCUCUCUCUCUCUCUCUCUCUCUCUCUCUAUACUGUAGCGAAUCCAGGUAAUGAUUCAACCAAGUGAAGAUAUUACUCAUCCUGAAAACGGACCUGAACAAGCCCAGCAGAGCAACUCUGCAAACAAAGAAGCAUAUAUAUAG